AAGCUGUUCCUCAGGAAAAAAAAAAUGAAGUGUUCCCUUGUGCUGACAGUGCUGCUGUCCUUACUAGUGGCAAAGCUAUGUCGUGGUUAUUGUAUUGAGUCUCCGGAGCAACAGAUGCCCAGUGGAAUCCAAACAAAGAAGAACUCAGAUCUCUAUAAGCUGCCUCUAUCCUUGCUGCGACGAUUGUAUGAUGGCCAAGGGAUAUCCUAUGAGGCACUGCUCAGGCUGUCAGGCAAAGAAGAAAUCAGUCCCCAGACCAUUGCCUCUUCCCAGAAGCGAGACAUGCAUGAUUUCUUUGUUGGACUGAUGGGCAAAAGGACCACAGAGCCUGAUAAUUCCAUUGAACUCAGUAAGGAAUCAUUCACUGGUUUGGGCGAUGCAAAGUACUCACCAAAUGCAGAAUGAGGCUUCAUGCAAGAGUGAAGACAAGCACAAUGUCUGCAAGACUUCAAGAAACCAACAGAAAUCUGAUUUCAUCCACCAAAGCCCAGUAUACUUUCAGCCAAACCAGAAACUUCGAUGUACCAUGGAGCUUCUUUAUCUUGUCCCAUGCCUCUUCCCAUUUCUUUUUCCUUAAUUAUGCUCUUAAUUCCAGCAAAUAACUUAUUGUAAUGCUUUAGUGUUCACUGUUUGAACAUUUGACAGUUAUCCCUACUCCUCAUGGUGCUUUGUCCCUCUGUAUAUACAUGUGACUUAUUUGCAGAAUCUUUCGUGCAAAACCAUCCUUCUGCACAUCCUUUUGUGGCACAGAUUAAGAACACCUCAGUCUUCUAUAAUAACAGGGUUUUUACUUAUGA